GAAAUCUAUUCAUCUGCUCUCUGGUAUGUUCUCUAAUUAUCUUCGACGAUAUUUUGAUCGAUGUUUGUGUUUGCUACCGUAGAUGACAGCACUUCUGUUGUGUCGCCUGAGUGAAUGUAAGCCAGCUGGAAGCCAUGAGAACUGUAACAUUCAAAGGGAAUAUGAAAAGUGUGUUGCUGAAGCUAAGGAUGACAUACAUAAUCUGAUUCCGGACUUCGAUGUGUCCUCUUUGAAGAAUGGUGUAAAUUCGGACAACAAUGGUUUCGAGAAGGAAUGCCUGAAACACAAAGCUUGCUCAACGAAAAUAUUCUUGUGUUUCUUCGGUGAGCUAGUUAAACCUGAGUGGGCAGAUUGCUUGAGUCAAAAGAAAUUACAAGUGAUAAAGAAGGCCUAUGAGAAUUUGAAAAGUGAGCAAAACACACCAAUGGAAUUGGAUCUGGGAACAUUUUAGACUUUCCACGAAUUCAAAUAAUAUCCAGUUGUCUAGCCUUAAAUUCUGCGUAUAUCUUCAAUAUCUCUAACUCUCU